AUGGAUGCGGGUAACAAGACAAAAUUAGUUCGUUGUUUCCAUCUCAAAGACAUCUUUCCCGUAUUAUUCAAGUUUUACAAGAAAUGGACAGCACCUGGCCCUAAAAUGUUUACGGUCCAGGCCGAAGCAUUAUCAGCAUCAAGCCCAGCAUAG